GCAGGAUGUCAUUGUUCUUUAGAAUUAUACGACGAAACUGUACAUCCCAUCAGAGUUCUCACUUAACAUCUGUCGAAAUGUUUUAAAUGUGACCACUGCAUUGUACGUCAAUAUGGUCUACACCUAUACAUAACCUAAAAAGAAGUGCGUUCUUGUACCGUGAAAUCCGUAAUUAGUUGCGUGAUGUACUGGAAAAUAAGAGUUUAAAUUUUAAAAACUUGUGGAAUAUUAUUAACUUUCUGCACAUUGGAUCAUUAUUUAAAUAUAAUUUACACUUACUGAGAAUGUUAUACCUGGAAGAUUAUCUCGAAAGUAUGUAUAAUAAUUUGGUCCGCUAGCUUUCGGGCAUCUUGUAAGACCGUCUAGUUGUAAAGUCCAUUCGGAAUAAGAAGGGUUUAAUAUUUAGAUUACAUGCCGAAAGGUUACAUAUAUUGAGUGAUUGAACAUCUUCCUCAGGAAUUAAGAGAUAGAUUUACAGAAAUGCGAGAAAUGGAUUUAUCGGUACAAAAUAAUAUGGAUAGUUUGGAGAAACGAGUGAAAACCUUCUUCGCAAAUGCAAAGAAAAUGAAGCCUCAAGAUAAAGAAAAUGAGUAUGAACUCAUAAGAAAAGAUUAUUAUAAAACUUUAGAAGAUGCUGAUGAGAAGGUUCAUUUAGCAAAUCAAAUGCAUGAUCUUGUAGAAAGAUACUUACGAAGACUAGACCAAGAACUUCAUAAAUUCAAAAUGGAACUGGAAGCAGACAAUAAAGGAAUAACUGAAGUGCUGGAAAAACGUUCACUGGAGUUGGAUCAGCCACAGCAGAAUAACAGCCAGAAGGAGAAUCGCUAUAGCUUCAGUUCAACAAGAAGUUCUCAUCAUGAAAAGCGGCGCGACUCCAAUGCUUCGACUGUUAAUACCGAGAAACGUCUUGCAAUAGAGAAACCUACAGUGGCAAUACCUGAGCCAAGACCCCUGUCAGCUAGUUCAGGAACUUUACCAACUGCCCCCUUACCCACUACAACAACAAAUGUUAGUUAUAAUCUUGGCCAUAUUGGUGCUGGGGGCAAUGCUAUAGCUGCUGCUGCCUCUCAAGCCAUUGCAGCAACACAACAGAUGCAGCAAGGACGUCGUACAGCAAGUCUGAAGGCCUCAUAUGAAGCUAUUAACACUGGAGUCCAUGCUCAUGAAUUUAGUAUUGGGAAAGAACUGGCUGGAGCUGCUCAGACAGCAAUUGCAGCCAUUCAGGAAACUACCAAGAAGCAGAAAAAGAAGUCUAGUUCUUCUUCAGCAUCGUCAACUUCUGGCAGCGUUUCUGCUGCUGCCACAUCCAUAGCUACAUUACCCCCUCCAAUUGCACCAUCUCCGCCUCCACAACAAGAGCCUUCUGAUCCAGGAGUGGGCUCAGAUGUGAAUGUUGAUCCAAAUGCAGAGAAUCCUGACUGGACGUAUGACCCAAACGAACCACGAUACUGUAUUUGCAAUCAGGUGUCAUAUGGCGACAUGGUGGCAUGUGACAAUGAGGAUUGUCCAUUUGAGUGGUUUCAUUACAACUGUGUGGAUAUCACAGCACCACCCAAGGGCAGGUGGUAUUGUCCGCAGUGUACAGCUAAUAUGAAACGAAGAGGUUCCAGGAAGAAUUAGCAUAUUGUUUUCCGUUGGUAUCCUUAAACAAUGUGAAGGUAGUUCAUUGUUAAGUAGAUAUUUUAUGUAUGGAAUUUAAUUAUGAGUUACGAAACGAAUUAUAAUGUACCACUUUGUUAAGAUAGGAAUUUUUUUAUGUGACUGGUGUGGAAAAUACAUAGCUCAUACAAAGGCCUGUUGUAAUUUGGAAUAUAUCCCUUGCUGCUUAGUAGAACAUGGAAGUGUGAUAUAAAGAAAAACUGGGAUAAAAGGUAAUGAUUUUCUAUUAUGUACUGUAAUCCAGCUAUAUUUUGCAGCUGUAGGGUAGAAAUUUUCAAGUGUCCCUUUUCCUAUAGUGUACUUCUAGGAAAAUCUGCUGCAAAUAAAGCCUGAUUGGCUAUACAGAGUGUCUCAGGAGGAAAGGUCAGUAUUCUGGGAGGUCAUAGUAUAGGUCAUUCUAAGCAAAAAAGUGUAUAUA